UCUCUGAAAAGAAUGUUUCGCAGGAACGUUGAUCCGCAUAACAUUUGACCAAUCAUUAAAGCCAAGCGAAGAAGCACCCCGAAAUUAUUAUUUAGUUCGCCAGGUAUAUCAGUCUUGGUAAUUCCAACCAAGUAAAUCCACCAUGCGCAUCCCCAUAUCCAUCACGGUGCUCUGCACGCUCGUCGCAUACACUACUGCACAGUGCAUGGAAUGCGCACUAAACGUCACGUACAGCAGCGUGAAUUAUACCCUCAAAGAGCAGUGUACGGUGCACAGCGGGUACCAUUGCUUUUACAGAGGCGAUGACGCCGAAGGAAGCUUCUGCGAUUGUUAUUACAAUACCGCGGGAAUCAUUGAGACCAACGAGUCGACUUUCUUCUGCCCCACAGGGUCGACGAAUUUUAAUGCUGCCUGCUCUGGUUGUCCAAGUUGAAGGGUGCAAACUAGUUUGUCGGACUUUCCCGUAGCUUAGUCAUUCAGCUACUAGUAAACCAUUAAUGCGCUCAUUCUUUGUGGGAUCCGACGUCGCGACUCUGCGUAUAGAGGUCACACAGACAGAGGCUCAGAGCUAUCAGA